CCUACAAUUUGUAAGGAUGGGACGCGUUUCUCUAUCUUUAUAUUCUCGUUUGGAAGGCGUUUUCUUUUGACUCGAUCAACAAUCUUCUUUCAAAACUGGGUUCUUUACACACUUCAAACUUCAGAUUUUCCCAAUUCAAUUCGAACCCAGAAGUUCUUGCUGGAUUGUUUUGACUAGUAGAAGAAGAUGGGAGGAGGGUUCAGGCUGCUUCAUUUGGUUAGGCCAUUCUUAGCAUUUUUGCCAGAAGUUCAGACUGCAGACCGCAAGAUUCCAUUCAGAGAGAAAGUAAUCUACACUGUCAUUUCUCUUUUCAUCUUUUUGGUUUGCAGUCAGCUUCCUUUGUAUGGCAUACAUUCCACAACUGGUGCAGAUCCUUUCUAUUGGAUGCGUGUUAUUCUUGCUUCGAGUCGUGGCACUGUAAUGGAGCUUGGUAUUACACCCAUUGUCACAUCCGGUCUUGUAAUACAACUCUUGGCUGGUUCAAAGAUCAUUGAAGUUGACAACAGUGUGCGAGAGGACCGAGAACUUCUGAAUGGUGCUCAGAAAUUGCUCGGAAUCUUGAUAGCUGUUGGUGAGGCUGUUGCCUAUGUUCUAUCUGGAAUGUAUGGGAGUGUCGGUCAACUGGGAGUCGGCAAUGCUAUUCUAAUUAUUCUUCAGCUUUGCUUUGCGGGUAUAAUUGUUAUAUGCUUGGAUGAACUCUUGCAGAAGGGUUAUGGUUUAGGGUCUGGGAUCUCUCUGUUCAUUGCUACUAAUAUCUGCGAAACUAUUAUCUGGAAAGCGUUUAGCCCGACGACAAUCAACAGUGGUCGUGGAGCUGAGUUUGAGGGUGCUGUUAUUGCCUUGUUCCAUCUGUUAAUAACUAGAACAGAUAAAGUGAGGGCUCUUAGGGAGGCUUUUUACAGGCAGAACCUUCCAAACGUGACGAAUUUACUUGCUACUGUCUUGAUUUUUCUCAUUGUUAUCUACUUCCAAGGCUUCCGUGUUGUGUUACCUGUAAGAUCUAAGAAUUCACGUGGACAACAAGGAUCGUACCCGAUUAAAUUGUUUUAUACUUCAAACAUGCCCAUCAUCCUUCAGUCUGCACUUGUCACCAAUCUUUAUUUCAUCUCUCAGUUGCUGUAUAGAAAAUAUGGAGGAAACUUCUUUGUGAAUCUGUUGGGCACGUGGAAGGAAUCUGAGUAUUCGGGUCAAUCUGUUCCGGUUGGAGGUCUAGCUUACUAUGUAACUGCACCAUCGAGUUUGGCUGAUAUGGCUGCAAAUCCAUUCCAUGCUCUAUUCUACUUGGUAUUCAUGCUGACUGCCUGUGCAUUGUUCUCCAAAACUUGGAUUGAAGUUUCUGGUUCUUCUGCCAGAGAUGUUGCCAAGCAGCUUAAGGUAAGAAAAAGAAUAAAAAAACAAAUCUUCUUGCCAAAAUUCUUCAUUUUUUUAAAGAAAGUUAUUAUGAUAUACUUGCAGGAACAACAAAUGGUGAUGCCUGGACAUAGAGAUUCAAAUUUACAGAAGGAACUUAACCGUUAUAUCCCAACUGCAGCUGCCUUUGGCGGAAUGUGCAUUGGAGCUUUGACAGUAUUGGCCGAUUUCAUGGGAGCUGUUGGCUCUGGAACAGGGAUAUUGCUCGCGGUUACAAUCAUCUAUCAGUACUUUGAGACCUUUGAGAAGGAGAAAGCUAGUGAAAUGGGUUUUUUCGGUUUCUAGAUGUUGAUAAUUGGCUCAAUUAUAUAUCAACUUAACACGCGAUUAUUCGAUCUUUGUUAAAUUCUGAAGAAUAGUGUUGUGUAGUAAGUUUGUUGUGUACUUAGAUAGAUAGAAGAAACCAAUACAAUAGAAAUUUAUAUAUGUAAUCUUCUAUUCCACUUCUUGAAUUUAGUUUUGGAUUGUUUUA